UGGUUUGACAUUUGCUUUCAAUUCUCUACCACAAAUUGCUUUUAGCUUGGCAGAAUAAAAUUGAUUUUCAACGUAUUGGAUUACAACGGCUGUUUUAGCUUUUCGAGAUAAUUUUUUUCGACGCAAAAUGAGUGAGAACGUUUCGUAUAAACCAGUGAAACAGUUGUUUCAAAGUUUUGUGUUGGAGCCAAAUUCCAAUAUUUGCGAAAGUGUCGAUUCAACGCUCCACUUGACGCAAGCCGUACUGGACUUAUCAUCUAUGAAAAAAACCCAGGAUGCCAAUACACAAGUGUGGGUCGGACCGGCUGAAAAACAAAGCUUGAUUGCAUCUCUGGGUCGCCAAAUGCCUCACGUUACAUUGGAUUUGAUGUUUGGAACAGGAGAAAAGUUGAAUAUGUCAACAAAAGGCGCGGGAAAAAUUUACAUUUCGGGCUAUUUUAUGCCAAAUGAUUGCUACGAAACAAUCGACAUUUCAGUUGAGGAACCACAUCCAAAUCCAACGGACUUUGAACCAAACACUAUUGAUGAACAUAAGCAACGCGCUGUUAAAAAAGAAGCGAAAAUCAAUACCGAUUCGGAAAAGGUUUUGAGCGAGUCGGAAUCGGGAUCGCAAAUACGACUUUUGACCAACGGCGUAAAAAUAACAGAUGCCCAGCUUGGUGAUGGUCGAAAGGCAAAAAGAGGCAAAGCCGUAUUCAUCAAUUAUGAUGCCAAGGUGUUUGGAACGGAUAAAAGAUUCGCGGAGGACAAAAGUGAACUUGGUUGCAAAAUCACACUGGGUGGCGAAGAACAAGUUGAAGGACUCCAAACUGGUAUCAUUGGAAUGAGAGUAGGUGGUAAACGGAACAUUAUUUGCCCACCACAAAUGGCCUAUGGAUCAGUUGGUGUGCCAGGUCUUAUACCUAAGAAUGCAACAAUUGUUUACAAUGUGGAACUUAUCUCCGUUGGCUAG